AUGAGCUUCCAGGGUCCCAUCAAGAUCAGCCCGCGUCUUCAAGAGCAGGCGGAGAGGGCGCGCGAGAUCAAUGAAGCCAACAAGACCGUCGAGCCUAUUUCGGGACCGCGAUCGGUGGCUCUGCCUCCUGACUACACCGAAGAGAGGUUCUAUGCUGCCGCAGCUACGCUUCGCAAGCUCAUUGGCAAUGAGAAUGUCGACAUCGUUGAUCAACCUCUCAACGAUGGUUGGUACCUGCAACACCCCAAGACUCACGAUGCAUUCCAAGUGCUCGACCAGGACGAUUUCGUCGCCAGCUGCGUCGCUCGUCCGAGACACACCGAGGACGUCCAGGCCAUUGUACGCUGGGCCAAUGAGUACUUGAUCCCGCUCUGGCCCAUCUCGAUCGGUCGCAACCUCGGCUACGGUGGUGCAGGACCUCGCGUCAGAGGCUCGGUCGUCAUUGACAUGGGCCACCACAUGAACCGUAUCUUGGAAGUCAACGAGCGCGAGGCGUCGUGCCUCGUAGAGCCAGGCGUGACGUACUACAACCUCUACGACUGCCUCCAGGCCCAGGGGUCGUCGCUCUGGAUCGACACACCUGAUCUUCCGGGCGGCUCUGUAAUGGGAAACGCAUUGGACCGAGGCGUUGGCUACACGCCCUACGGCGAUCACUGGGGCAAGCACUGCGGCCUCGAGGUCGUCCUUCCCGACGGGAGCUUGAUGCGGACAGGAAUGGGUGCCGUCGAUGGUGCCAACACGUGGCAAUCUUUCCAACAUGGCUUUGGUCCCAGCGUCGAUGGUCUCUUCUCGCAGGCCAACAACGGCAUCGUGACGAAAAUGGGCAUGUGGCUCAUGCCCAGCCCCAAGUCUAUGCAAGCCUAUCAGAUUUCCUUCAAGCGUGAAGAGGACCUUGGCGCCGUCUGCGAGGCUUUGAGGCCGCUCAUGGUCCGAGGCGUGCUCGGCAACGUUCCCUCGCUCCGGCACGUCCUCCAGGAGGCCGCUCUUCAUGGAAACCAAAGGACCUACUACAAGGGCCCUGGCCCCAUCGACGAGGAGACAACGGAGAAGAUUGCAGAGAGAUUCGGCGGCUACUGGUUCCUCUACGGUUGCCUGUACUCGGACGAGGACAGCUGCGAUCACCUUGUUGACGUGGUGCGCGAUGCGUUCACCCACAUUCCUGGAUCGGCCUUUUACAAGUCCGACGACACGCCCGAGGACUCGUACAUCCGGACCAGGAUCCAGAUUUUCUCGGGCCAGCCAAACCUGCGAGAACUCGGCUGGGUCAACUGGGUGCCUGACGGUGCUCAUCUCUUCUUCGCCCCCAUCUCACCUAUCACGGCUAAAGAUGCCGAGAAGCAGUUCAAGAUGGUCAAGGAGCGCCACCGCCAAUACGGCUUUGACUGCUUCAGCACCUUCUGCGUGGGUCCUCGGGAGAUGCACCACAUCUGCUGCAUCAUCUACAACAAGGCCGACCCCAAACACAAAUGGGGCGCCUACCGCAUGCUGCGUGACAUGAUCCGGGACGCCGGCAAGGAGGGUUACGGCGAGUAUCGCACGCACAUCAGCUGCUUCGACGAGGUGAUGAAGGUGUAUGGCUGGAACAACAACGCAUUCCUCAAGUUCAACGAAACGAUCAAGGAUGCCCUUGACCCCAACUCCAUCAUUGCCCCGGGCAAGUCGGGCAUCUGGGGCAGGCGCUUCCGGGGUAAGGGCUGGGAGCUUUGGGGUGAUGAGACGAGGAGUGUGCCGGCUGAGAGGGAUGGAAGCUUGUCAAGACGGAUUAACAUCGAAGAGCGUCUGUGA